AUGUCUGAAGGAGUUCUUGAAACAAAUUAUAAACACUUGAUUGCAAUAAAGCAAAUGGCUCUUGAAAAGUUUUGUGACAUUGAAAGACUUGGGCAAACUUAUCCGGAUACAGAGACCGAAGUUCCAGAAGCAGCAAGGCGUUCAAGGCACAACGAAUCCAGCCUUACAGGACCAGGGAGUACGUUAACCGCAAUAAACAAUUAUUUUGAGUUGCUUUGA